AUGCCUACAACACGAGCGAAUAGGCAUAAUAUAUGCCUACCAAGUGAGGGUAAGGUACGCCACUUGUUUGACAGUAUGAGGUUCUCUAUGCUAAGAUUACGCUAUAUCAACAAAGAACAGCUAAGGAGAUUCGACAGCAAUGAACUGGAGGUACUGUUCAAGCUAUACAAGGAACUUGCUAGCCGAUCGGAACAUGCCGGUAUCACUAAGGAAACUUUCUUGCAAUACUUUAAUCUACCCGGCCUCUGGGGUGAACGACUGUUUCGUUAUUUUGAUACCAACGAAUCAGGUUGUGUCGAAUUUGAAGAGUUUGUUGCAGGAAUAGCAGUAUGCUGCCGUGGGACCCGAACAGAAAAAACAAAUGUUCUAUUCCACGUAUUCGACCUAGACGAUGAUGGAAGAGUACAAAAAUCAGAACUAGUUGCUAUGCUAUCAAAUUUCCCAGUUAUGGCAAAUCAUAUGACAAAAUGCCUACAAAGAAAUAAAUCAGAAUGCAGCACUUUCCGAUCUAUCGACUACAUUGCAAACCAAAACACGCUAGCCUGUUGGAAUGAUGCCGCAAACUACAGGUCGUUGUGCAGUGCUAGAACCGCAUUGAAAUAUCGACCAUAUGGAGAUGAUAUGGCCAUGACUAUAGAAAAACAAGUGAGCUACGAUACUCUUGAUUUGCGUGAUCUCGCAUCGUCAAUAAGCAAACUCUCCUUUCAAUCCGAACUAUCCAGCGAUACACGCUUCAAAAGAGACUCCUCGGAACACUACGAUGAUGAAUCACCGACUGAUAAUGCACUUACUGAAAAUGAUAAUAGCGUAAUACCAAUUCUAGACAAAUUGGGGAUACGGCGUGGAUCGGGUGCCGAUUAUAUCGGUACCAAAAUAUCAUCUGAUCUUCCCAACAGCUAUGGAAGAGCUGGGGUCAGACGGUCAAUUUCAGUGUCCAGCUUAGAAGCAUCGUUAAUGUCAGCAUCACCAAGUAGCAGCCCACGGGAUACCUGCAUAGGCAUGCCAAAUGACGCCACUGGUAUACCUUGUAUACAUGAUCUAACAUACACGAAUAAAGACCUAGUACAGUGUUCAGGGGAUGCUGGGCAUAUGUGUAGCUGUCUAUACCGGAACGAACAUGAUGAUUUCUGUUGCGUAUGCCAUAACGAAAUGACAUCACAUCUCGAAGAUAAUGAUCCACCUCCGGAAGCUGCCAUGGCAGUAAUACAACAUGAGAAAAUGGCAUGUUGUGAUGGUAGUGCAAUGGACUUCUUGGUUGAGCAGAUUUUGGAAGAUUGUGAAUUUAGUGCAAACGGUAGUUUGGACUUUGAUGCUUUCAAGGCGUGGCUGGACAAUAACCCCUUUGUGCUCAGUAUAUUCUCAGAAUAUAUGCAUGAAGAGGUAUGGAUAUUAUAUGGUAACGCGUUCAUGAUGCCAGCGGAAAGCCGAUCACUACUCCACGGCGACACAUCGAACAAUUGCCAUUGCACGACGUCUGUGGAUGGACCACUUCUUAGCAACACUUGCAUCGAUGUUACCACAAAGGAUGCCAAUGUACAAAAUAUGGUGCAACGGUUGUUCAUGGCAGACUACGAUUGCACACCAGCAUUCAGUGGGUCGGUACGUUUAGACACGGUACCCAGUGGAGAGAUGCUGCCGUAUCCACAGGAGGCCUCUAACAACGGUGAUAUACACACCAAACCAACGUGUUAUCAAAAUUCGUCAACGGACGGGGUUUAUGGCAAUACUGGCACACGAAUGGCCGCACCGCUCCCCAAGCAACCGCUCUCUUGUCCUAACUGCAAUAACCCAUUCUUAAAGUGCACUGUAUGCUUGAAGAAACAUGAAUACCUUUCGUUAACUUUCGAGGGUGGCGUUCAUAUCGAGUGCAAGAGCUGUAUCAGGAAACAUCGUGGGUUCCGCUUUGCGAGGUGCUGGAUAUGUAACUGGAACUUCUCGGAUACCAUACGGAUGGUAUUGAUGGAACGCUUGAAACAUCGCACAAUGCCACAUGAGGACGAUGCCGUAACUGUUUGUCCAGUGAAUUCAAAGGAUUCUCAGUGUAACGUCGUCCUAAGAUCAAAGAGGAGGUCGCUUAUACGCCCUACUGUUAUACCUCCAACCGCUACUGUCGAUUUAUACGAAGCUUAUAACUGCCCUCAGUGCCCCUGUAUUGCGGUGACUUCUCGUAGCAUCGACUCGGGGUGGCCAAAUGCUUUUGGUAGAUUGGCUAAAAAGGCCGGUUACAUGUACAAGCGUGGUCGACGGUUUCGAAGUUGGAAGAGACGCUACUAUGUACUAGUAGAUAAUAUCCUCUACUACUAUUCAAACGAUAAUAGCGCCAAACCACGAGGGUGUAUAUUUCUCGAGGGAUAUGAUCUGGACUGUUUAGAAGUUAACGACUGGUCAUCCAUGUUUGGUUUCUCUCUAUCGCAUAGAGGUGAUAAGCUUACCCGUCGUACACUCUACCUACCUAAUAGAGAGGAUUGUGUACAAUGGCUAGAAGCUCUUUCAGAGGCUAUGAACCAGCAGAGCCUUAUGCAGCUGUACACUGUGCGUGAGCAGCUUGGUUAUGGCAAAUUUAGUGUAGUAUACCGUGCUAUACACAAGAGCACCGGUGAGGAGUUUGCCAUAAAGAUAGUCGAUAAAACUAAAAUCAGCUGUCAGGAACGUGAAUUAUUGCGUAGCGAGAUUGCAAUAUUACGUUUAUUGAGACAUCGGCAUGUUAUCUACCUGAAGGAAGUAUGCGAUAUGCGCGAUUCGUUAUACAUUGUCAUGGAGCUUGUGCGUGGAGGCGAGCUUUAUGACCUUAUAAACCAACGGCGCCGACUUACGGAAGCGCAUACCCACAAGAUUAUGUGCCAGUUGUUACAAAUAGUUGCUUACCUUCACAAAUGCGGGAUCGUACAUCGUGAUAUCAAGCCUGAAAACAUAUUGAUAACGGAUAAGAGUGAUGCCGCCACUAUAAAACUUACCGAUUUCGGAUUGUCGACGUUAUGCGGUCCUAACGAGCUUCUGACCCAGCCUUGCGGCACACUAGCAUACGUGGCACCUGAAGUAUUGACACUACAAGGUUAUAACCAAAAGGCUGAUGUAUGGUCUGUAGGUGUCAUUAUGUAUCUGCUUUUACGUGGCAGGUUGCCGUUUUCGACAAAGACACCAAUCACUGUGGAUAUCUAUCAUCAUUAUCGAGUACGUUUUGAAGGGCGACACUGGGCUGCAGUGUCCACUUGUGCCAAAGACUUGAUUUCACGUAUGUUGAAGCCCGACCCUGCUGAACGCAUAUCUGUUUUUGAGGCUUUGGAUCAUUUUUGGGUCCAAAAUUUUGUGGCCGUGCAACAGGAUGAAGCAGCCUCUGCGGUGGGGAAUGUGGAGCCUUCUCAAGAUUUCAUACGCUCGCUAAGCAACGCUACUGACAGUACUGUGGUCAUUCCGUACAGUGAGAGCUGUAUCCGGAACUUAACGGCGCUUCAGUCCGCCGAAGCCGAAUCUGCGCUGUCCACUGUUGAGGAAUGA